GAAAUCAGGCCACUCAGGCAACAGUUUCUUUUUCCAGAACAGGCGUCCGAGCAUCGACUGUACCGGUCUGCAUCCUGUCGCUGGGAUAAGUGUCACUCUGUAUGUGACAUUGGCAGAGAGAGUCUACAGAAGUUUUCUUCCACACCACUACGAAACCAUGAGUCUCUCUGCCAAGGACAAAGCUGCCGUCAAAGCCUUCUGGGCCACGAUCUCCUCACAGACUGAAGAAAUCGGUAGACAAGCUCUGUACAGGAUGCUGACUGUUUACCCUCAGACCAAAACCUACUUUUCCCAUUGGAGUGACUUGAGCCUUGACUCACCCCAAGUGAAGAAGCACGGAAAGACUGUUGUCUCUGGUGUGGCAGAGGCUGUGAACAAAAUCGAUGACCUGACCAAUGGGUUGCUCAACCUAAGCGAGCUGCACGCUUUCCAGCUGCGUGUUGACCCCGCUAACUUCAAGAUCCUCUCCCACAAUUUGCUGGUGGUUCUGGCCAUCCUGUUCCCCACUCAAUUUACUCCUGAGGUGCAUGUGUCUAUGGAUAAGUUUCUCGCUGCUUUGUCCCUGGCUCUCUCUGAGAAGUACAGAUAAGAAGCUCUGCAGGCAACAGAACAGAGACAUGCAA